UUUCUUUCCGUAAAAGUGACAUAUUUCAAUAUUAAAUCCAAAAUGAAUGCAAAAUCAUCAGAUAAAUAGAAUCAUUUGUAAUUUUGUGAGUUAUUGAAUGAUAGGAAAGUCAAUUCAUCGUCUUUAAUGUGAUUGUGGUUCGAGUAGAACAAAAAAAUAAUAAUUGGCAAAGCUAGUGGAAGCACGCUUUCCUCCACAUUAUUGUCAUUCGGUCAAUUUCUUGGGAAACCACACUUUUCCUGAAUUGAUGCAACCAAAACCAUCCCGUCGUCUGACGUCACACAGAAACUUGCGCAUAUCGUUCAACAUUUAGACUGCAGAACGUCGCGUGAACCAUCGAUUUUUUUGGAUGUGUGUAGUUCCUUGGUAGUGUUUUUCGCCGUCGCUCUUGUCUUGUCAGCGAGUCAUCGAAAGUAAUUUUGUCAAAAUUCAGUGGUGAUUCGGGAGUUUUAAAUCCAAAUUUGGAUCCGAAAAUAUUGUUCGAACAUUGUGUUAUUCGUCGAAACACAAAUGGAAGGAAAACAAGUGAAUUGAACGGUGAAAGUGACCAAAUAAAAUCGAUAGGAAAACGCAAACUGUGAUCAUAAAAACCACCACACUGUGAAAAGCAAAAAAAGAGGCCCAGAGUGAAAAUUGUAUACUUGUGGUGGGUGCGGUGUGUUUGUGAUUUUUUUUUUUGCAAAAUUCCAUUUAGGUAAUUGCAAGUGAAAUCAAUUACGGAAUCAUGACGAAAGAUCGAUUGGCAGCGCUUGUUGCGGCCCAGAGCGACGAAGAUGAUGUUGGGCCGGACGAUGUUGCCGUUAAUGUGGAAGGUCGGGAUGGAUUCAUGGACGAAUUCUUUGACGUGGUGGAAGACAUACGGGAGAUGAUAGAUAAUAUACAAGCAAAUGUGGAAGAGGUGAAGAAAAAACACAGUGCAAUUUUGUCAGCACCGCAGUCAGAUGAAAAAACAAAACAAGAACUGGAAGAUCUGAUGGCUGACAUCAAAAAAAUUGCCAACAAAGUCCGUACCAAAUUAAAAGCUAUUGAACAAAACAUCGAACAAGAGGAACAAGCCAAUAAAUCAAGUGCUGACUUAAGGAUACGUAAAACGCAACAUUCAACAUUAUCCCGAAAGUUUGUAGAAGUGAUGACAGAAUAUAAUCGAACUCAGACCGAUUAUCGAGAGCGUUGCAAAGGCAGAAUACAACGACAACUGGAAAUUACGGGUAGAACAACAACCAAUGAAGAAUUGGAGGAGAUGUUGGAGCAAGGAAAUUCAGCUGUAUUUACACAAGGAAUAAUAAUGGAAACACAACAAGCAAAACAAACACUUGCCGAUAUUGAAGCACGACAUGCUGAUAUUAUAAAGUUGGAAAAUUCAAUAAGAGAACUCCACGAUAUGUUCAUGGAUAUGGCAAUGUUGGUAGAGAGUCAGGGCGAAAUGAUUGAUCGCAUAGAGUACCAUGUUGAACAUGCCAUGGACUAUGUCCAAACGGCUACACAAGAUACCAAAAAAGCACUAAAAUAUCAAAGCAAAGCUCGCCGGGUGUAGUAUGUUUCUCUGCUGUGAAAAUGAAUUGAAAAUAUAUAUAAAGAGAGAGCGCCAGACAUAUAAUUGUCUUAAUAAAGCACCAAAUAAUCGACGAACCGCACAUAAAACAUGAUGAAUUGUACUUUGUAGAAGGUAAAUUUGGUCUAAAAAUAGGCGAGAACACAGAGAAAGGUUUAUUUGGUAAAACGAAAAGUUCAUUGUAAAAUCCCUUAAACAUUACCGAACAUUUCAUCAUCAACAUUUUCAUCUUCCGUGUAAUGUUUGAUUAAUGAUUUAAAUUUUCUUUAUUGUUUCACCAUUUUUUUCGUGUUUCCGUUUCAUUUUCGUUAUUAUUUUCAUGUCAGAAAACACUUACUCCUUCAUAAAUGUGGAUUGAAUUCUAAUUAUCUUGGAUGUGCUAUUGUAUGGCUCGAGUUCGUUUGAAUUUUAUGAUAUAUUUAUAAACUUUACGAAUAAUUAAACAUUUAAAAAAAAUAGGCCAACGUUCCUAAUAUCGUUUAUUGAAUAUCGUUUUCUUCAACGUUUGGCAAAAAAUUUUCGUUUAAAAAUAAAUUCAAAUUUUAAUGUUUUCUCAAGUUGAACCAACAGCAGUACCAUGAUUGGUUGAACAGCUAUACGUUGAUAUGGUAUGCCAGUAAAUGGCAAACGAUUACCUAGACGUUUUCCCCAAACGUGAGCAUAUUCGAGCUUAAGCAGAUUUUUGUUUUUUUUUUCAUUUCUCGAAUCUAGGCUUUUGUACGAAUCCGACGCGAUUUCCCAUUCGAUUCGCGUCCAACCUAUUUAUCGCCUUAUGCAUGUCUCAAAGUGUUGUAUCGUCGAAACUGUAACUUCCGACUAUUUUUAAUUAUUCUUUUCUGUUUAUUUUGAAUACAUUCUGUGUUGUCGCCCUAACUACGAGUUCGCUCUAAUUACUUUACUGUUCUUUUAACGUCUUUAUGCUACUCUGAAUACAAAUUGUUCUACGACUAGAACAAUUAUUGAAAUUCUCAACAAUUUCAGUAGACUUAGGAAUAAAUUGUAUUGUCUGCAUGAUGGUAUACCUCGCAUCAGUGAGUGCUACAUGCAUAUUCUAUCGUCUGGAAAAUAGUAAAGUGUUUAAAUAUGUAAUAAAAUGUCCCUCGUAUCAUCAAUAGCAUUUUUCAUUGUACGUGUAAUGGUGCACAUCCAUUGCACAUAUAUAUAUUUAGAAAAGAAAACUGCAUCCCAAUGUAUCAUUUCACGACCAUCAAUAGAUAUUGUAAUCUAUCACCUUGACUAUCACUAUAAUUCGAUGUUUUCU